UGUUUCUGUUCCAUGGAGCUUGAUAGCACUGAUAACCUGUGGGUGGAGAGUUCCCUUUCUGUGGUCAGUCACUCUGUCUCUCUUCAUUCCUGGGCUAGGUGCCUAGGGCCGUCACUGUGUGAUGCGGUGGGCACGGCUGCUGUCCCUGCUGUGGGCAGGGUGCCUGGCGGCGCAGGAAUAUAAGCUCUCAGUGACUGAUUCCGUGACAGUGCAGGAGGGCCUAUGCGUCUUUGUAUCCUGCCAAGUCCAGUACCCCCGCUCCAGUAGUUCUGUCUUUGGCUACUGGUUCCGGAAAGGGGCCAAUACAAACCUCGACUCUCCAGUGGCUACAAACGACCCACAUCGAUCAGUACAGAAGGAAGCUCAAGGUCGAUUCUAUCUCGUCGGGGGCCAAGAUACUCAUAACUGCUCCCUGGACAUCAGAGACUUGCAGAAAAGUGACACCGGAGUGUACUUCUUCAGGUUGGAUGGAAGUGGUCCUGUGAAGUACAGUUUUCUGACGUCAAUGCUCUCUGUGGACGUGACAGAUCUGACUAAGACCCCUAACUUCCAAGCCACAUCUACCAUGGUGUCUGGCACUUCUACCCAACUAACCUGUUCUGUGCUCUGGGCCUGUGAGCAAGGGACACCCCCCAUAUUUUCCUGGAUGUCAUCUGCCUUCACGUCCCUGGGCCACAGGACUACCCUCUCCUCAGAGCUGAACCUCACACCCAGGCCUCAGGACAAUGGCACCAACCUCACCUGUCAGGUGAACUUCCCUGGUGCCGGUGUUACUGUGGAGAGGACGCAACAGCUCAAUGUCACCUAUGCCCCACAGAAGACGACCAUCAGGGUGUCCCGCGGAGAUGACACAGAAACUGAAAUCCUGCAGAGCGGAGCUUCUCUGCAGAUCCAAGAGGGCGAGUCCCUGCGCCUGCUCUGCGCGGCUGACAGCAACCCCCCUGCCGCGCUGACAUGGAAGUACCCGACCCAAAAGCACCUCCAGCUCUCCACUGCGGAGGAACUGCAGCUGCCGCGGGUGGAGUUAGAGGACCAGGGGAAAUACAUCUGCCAAGCUCAGAACAGUCUGGGUAUUCAGUCAGCCUCUGUGAGCCUCAGCGUGAGGAGCCUUCUACAGCUGCUGGGACCCUCCUGCUCCUGGGAGGCUCAGGGUCUGCACUGCUGCUGCUCCUGCAGAGCCUGGCCUGUCCCGUCCCUGCGCUGGCGGCUGGGGGAGGGGCUGCUGGAGGGGAACAGCAGCAAUGCCUCCUUCACCGUCACGUCCAGCUCCACAGGACCGUGGGCCAACAGCUCCCUAAGCCUCAGCGUGGAAUUCAGCACAGACCACAGACUCAGCUGUGAAGCUUCGAAUGACUAUGACGCUCAGAGAGCCACUAUCUUGCUGGUGCCAGGACAAGAGAUCUCACAGGCAGGCAGAUCAGAAAGCAGUAGAAAAAUGUUCCUGGGGGCCAUCUGGGGAGCUGGUCUUGUGGCCUUGCUAGCUGUCUGCGCCUGCCUUGUCUUCUUCACAGUGAAGGUCCUCAGGAAGAAAUCAGCCCUGAAAGUAGCAGGUGUGGAAGAUAACCAUCUUGCCAAGAACCCUGUCUCCACCAUAAAUAGAGCAAGCGUGAUUUCAUCCAACGUUUCAUUGACGUACCCCAUCCAGGGUCAUCUGAAUGAAUCAGGGUCACAGACCCAGAAAGAAGAGCCACCCCUUGCCACAGCCCCAGACACCCCAAAGGAUGAGCCUGAACUCUACUAUGCCUCCCUCUACUUCCAAGGCCCGAGGCCCCAGCAGCCUCAGAACACGGAGGACAUGAAGUCUGUUUACACAGAGAUCAAGAUCCACAAGUGCUGAAGCUCCUUGCCCCAUGUGUCCCACUGCUGGCUGGAGUCCCAGAAAGGCAUGGCCGAGGCCAGCAAGUGUUAGGAGCAUAUUCUGAUAUCAGUGGCCGUCUAGACCAAAGGCUAUGUAGUGGAAGGAGGGAGUUUUGGAAGGAAUGAAGGUCACAGAGAUUCCUAGGUUCAAUUCCAGAUUCAGUGUUACCCCGAGAGAAGCCACCUUUUCUCUUUGUGCCCUCUCUUUCUCCUCUGAAAUAAUAAUCACGAAGGUCAUAAUCAUGAGGAGUGUCUAAGAGAAAAUGUAGUUUGUAGUGUUGAUUAUGUGGCUUUAUGUUGCCUGAGCAGUGGGGAAGAACAUUUUGACUCCAUUGCAUACUUGAAUUUUACUUGUAUAUAUUUAAGAACAUAUGUUAGUUCCUAAAGUUAUUCUGUUUUGAAGUGUGACUGUGCUGCAGCUACAUGUAUCUCAGAUUGGACUCAUAUUGGAUGUUCUGCAAAUUCUUAAAGAUCACACAGAUGCCAACCCAGAUUAUUAUACCCAGCAAAAUUAUCAAUCAAGUGCAUAAAACUAAUAUAUAAAGAUCUUCCACAAAUCAAAAAAGUGACAGACAAUUCAAUACAAAAUGGUAUAUGUGAGUGGCUAGAAAACAUACAGGAAGGUGACGGACUAGUCAGUGCUUGUCAAUGCGAUAUAAAUAAAUACAAUACAAUGCCAAACUGUGCAGCAAUUCUGCUCACAACUGCAGCCCUAAAAACACAAGAUAUAGUUACUCAUCAGGCUUGCACAAGUGUUUUCAUGGAAGAGUUGGGGAUGAAGCUCAGUGGUAGAGGGGUUGCCUAGGAUUCUGAGACCCUAAUGUGUUUAAUCUCAAGCCCUAUAAAAUAAUGAAAUGGACCCAAAUACCCAUCAGAAAUAAGAUAGGCAAUGUUCAUAAUGUUUAUGGGAUAAAGACAUAGCAUAUUAAACUUGUGUGAGUUUUGCAAA